CCACCGAGCAGUUGGGCCUCCGUUCCAUCCAUGCGCCGCUGACCUGCCCGGCUGCCGCCACUGCCGGUGCGGCGGUGCGUGCCCGUGCCAGCUGACGGACGGACGGACGGCCGCCGUGAUCGAUAACGCAAUUAGUGCACUAUUAAAGCGUUCCGUGUUAUUUCCAACCGUCGUACGUUUGGCCAACGACUGGAAAAGCCGGCGCGCUCAGAGCAGGCAAACAAAACCCCACUGCCGGCCCGCGUCCGGGGUUCCGGGCGAACCACUUCACUGCAGCCCGCCCGGAGCCGCGCCGCGAGAGGAGGGAGGGAAUCAGUGAAUGGCGGAUGGCAGCGGGGAAUCGGAGUCGACGGCGCUGGAGUUCACGCCGACGUGGAUCGUGGCGGCGGUCUGCUCCCUCAUCGUGGUCAUCUCCCUCGCAGCCGAGAGGUGCCUGCAUUACCUCGGCAAGACGUUCAAGGGGAAGAACCAGAAGGCGCUCUUCGAGGCUCUCCUCAAGGUCAAAGAAGAGCUGAUGCUUCUGGGGUUCAUCUCGCUGCUGCUGACGGUGUUCCAAGGAGUGAUGCAGAGGACGUGCAUUCCUCCGGGGUGGACCAUCUACAUGCUCCCAUGCCGUAGCGCCAAGGAGCAGGCCGAGCUGAGCCCCACGGAGGCGCACGGCCAUGCUGCCGGAAUCUUAGGCCUCACCCGCCGGCGUUUGCUUGCCGAGGGCGGGCCUAGGACCCAGCGUUGCCAGAAGAAGGGAGAAGUUCCUUUGUUGUCAGUUGAAGCACUGCAUCAGUUGCAUAUCUUCAUUUUCAUUCUGGCCAUUGCACACGUGAUUUUCUGUGUCCUGACUAUGCUUCUAGGAAGCGUGAGGAUUCGUCAAUGGAAACACUGGGAGGAUGAGAUUCAGAAGGGUGCUACAGACAAUGGGCCUAGGAAGGUGACCUAUGUGCAUCAAUCUGAAUUUAUCAGGGAACAUUCCAAGGGCAUUGGCAGAGAUACCACAAUGUUGAGCUGGCUGCAUUCUUUUCUCAAGCAGUUUUAUGGGUCGGUUACUAAAUCAGACUACACUACAAUGCGACUUGGCUUCAUCACGACACAUUGUAGGUCAAACCCAAAAUUUGAUUUCCACAGGUACAUGAUGCGAGCUUUGGAGGCUGACUUUAAGAAGGUGGUUGGCAUAAGCUGGUACUUGUGGAUAUUUGUUGUGGUAUUCAUGUUGCUGAACAUCAAUGGUUGGCACACAUACUUUUGGAUCUCUUUCAUUCCCCUUCUGCUUCUGUUGGCCGUUGGCACCAAGCUAGAGCAUGUCAUAACUCAGUUGGCUCAAGAGGUCGCCGAGAAGCACUCCGCAGUAGAGGGCGACUUGGUGGUCAAUCCGUCGGAUGACCAUUUCUGGUUUGGCCGGCCAAAGAUCGUCCUGUACCUGAUCCACUUCAUCCUCUUCCAGAACGCGUUUGAGAUCGCAUUCUUCUUCUGGAUUCUGACUACCUACGGUUUCAACUCCUGCAUCAUGGACCACGUCCCCUUCAUUGUGCCGAGGCUCGUUGUCGGGGCCAUCAUCCAGCUCCUCUGUAGCUACAGCACCCUGCCUCUGUACGCGAUUGUCACGCAGAUGGGGACUUUCUUCAAGAAGGAGAUCUUCGAUGAGCACGUGCAGCAGAGCCUUCUGGGCUGGGCGCAGAAGGCCAAGAAGAGGAAAGCGCUCAGGAACAAUGGCAAUGGCAGCAAUGGCGCCGCGGCCGGGUCGUCACAUCCAUCUGCGACUGCGAGGCUCGAACUGAUGAGACGAGCUGUCGCUCUUGAAGAAGGCAGUGCCGGUGGCAACGGGAGUGAGGCUAGUGCGGCCGAGCUACACGACACGGGCCCGAAGCUCUGAACGCUGUAGAAAACGCCCGGCAGAGCGUCAGAAGAUGCAGUGUUUCUGUACGCGAGCCAUAUGUCACUAUGUCGUGUGGCUGUUUAGCCAGGUGGUGUAGUGUGAUACUGCGUAUCAUGAUUUGUAUGCUUUUCUGGAUUGAGCUUGAAGCGUGUUAUGGAGUGGGGAGCUUUGUGUA